AUGCCGCCUGCUUCGUCCAGCAUGGGUCAUGCAAACGACGCCAUGGACGGAGAGAGGUUAAGCAAUGAGAGCAUCCUCAGCGGAGAGUGGUCAAGCAACGAGGACAUCCUCAACGAGUACGGGUACGAUCCGGCGUCGAUGAAGAGGAGAGCCGAGAAGUCGAUGGCGCGCGUGCGGGAGCUGUACGACGAGGGCAAGCCGCUGUUCACUCGAGAGAUGAUCGAGGACACGCAGAGGCAGAUCGACGAGAUCAAGUCGGGCGAGCCGCCGAGCAUGACGACGCUCUCCGUCAUCGGCAUGGACGGCAAGCGACACGAGAACCUGUGGGCGACUAUCGUGCACGACAACGAAGUCUCCGACGUGCCGGUCAUGAGCUUCCACCACAUACAAUCGUUGACUGAGCCGACGAGUGACGAGCCUGAGCACUGGCCAAAUCGACUCACGCCCAUCACUGUCAAUUCGUGCUCGAGAAGUAACCCCUACUCAGAAGAGGCCAAGGACAUCACCGCGGCUCAGGUAGCUGCCGGCUGGGACUCGUGCAUCGAGGACUUUUCCCGCACCGAGACGUGGCGGAUGCUCCAGGCCAUCUUUAACGGGGCCAGCGCCGCACCGCGGCUCGACAUCGACAAGAUCGUGGGGUUCGGGCUCGGCAACCUGACGGUGGGCAGCAUGCCGCACGAGGACCCAUGGGAGCGAACAUCCGGCAUGCAGCACGCGCUGCUGGUCUCGCUCGCGGAUCUCCUGGAGAAGCAGGCGGGCCGUCCGGUGCGGCGCAUCGUCCAGGAACCCAUCUACCUCGACACGUGCAAGGAGGCCCUCCGCGCGCGGGGCGUCCAGAUCGCGGAGCCGGAGACGGGGUUCCUCCUCGUGGACGAGCGGACGCUCGUCAUCACGGUGAGCUGCAACGUGCCCGUGAGGCAGAUCGUGGCGGACCUGGCGCGCCCGGCGGGAAUGAUAUGGAAUCGCGUCGAGCCCGAGGAGAGGAGAUUUUCGCGCGGAUCGGUGAUAGACGAGGACGGGGAGUUGAUAGAGCCAUAUACGACAGAUGAGGCGUCGUCGAGGGUGCGCGACUUGGUCAAGGGGUAUACCGAGCAUCAACUGCCAGAGGAGGACGACGAGUGGUUCAAUGAUGUAGCGGUCUACAUCCGGCAAGAAAUGGAGGAGCUGGUCUAG